UUACUGGAGGGGAGGUAUCAGAGCUGGUGAUUCAUGUGCAGUACUCGGAUGAGGCUGGUCGCCAUCUUUACUCCAUCCCAGCACAUCGCUGCCGGUGGGGCGGAACACCACUCAUCGACCCAGUUGAUUUCUAGGAACCGCCGAUAGACCUUCACUAAAGAUUUGUCACUUUGAUUAGUUCGUCACUCUACCUGCAUCUCAACACACAAUGGGAGAGCGAGAGGACCUAGUUUAUCAGGCAAAACUCGCCGAGCAAGCAGAGAGAUAUGACGAGAUGGUGGUGUCUAUGAAGAACGUGGCAGGCAUGGAUGUGGAGCUCACAGUGGAGGAGAGGAACCUACUAUCAGUGGCCUACAAGAAUGUGAUUGGAGCUCGGAGAGCCUCCUGGAGGAUAAUUAGCAGUAUCGAACAGAGGGAAGAGAACAAGGGCGGAGAAGAGAAACUGAAGAUGAUCCGGGAAUACAGGCAAACGGUUGAGAAGGAGCUGAAGUCAAUCUGUGGUGACAUUCUGGAUGCACUGGAACGGCACCUACUCCCCUCUGCUAUCAUGGGAGAGUCUAAGGUCUUCUACAACAAAAUGAAGGGUGACUACCACAGGUACCUGGCAGAAUUUGCCACUGGCAACAACAGAAAGGAGGCAGCAGAGAACAGCCUGGUGGCCUACAAAACUGCUACCGAUCUAGCCAUGUUGGAGCUGCCACCCACACACCCCAUCCGCCUCGGUCUUGCCCUCAACUUCUCCGUCUUCUACUAUGAGAUCCUAAACUCUCCUGACCGCGCUUGCAGGUUGGCAAAGGCUGCAUUCGAUGACGCCAUCGCAGAACUGGACACUCUGAAUGAAGACAGCUACAAGGACUCUACGCUUAUCAUGCAGUUGUUACGUGACAACCUCACACUAUGGACUUCAGAUAUGCAGGGAGAGGAGUCCUAAAGGAAACAAACCUGACUGUUCAUUUCCCAUGUUAACUGUACUUUGUGAAGAACAAAACAAAGAGGCACUGCAAGACGUUGAGGAUGAGCCCCAGUGAGACUAUGCCACCAACAGCCAACAACCUGAGACCCUCCCUUCACCUCCUCACACUCCUCCCCCCUCCACCUGCAGCCUCCUCCAUCCUCAUCCCCCCCCCCUCCUCCCCUCCAACUCUUCUUUCCUUUCUGUGAGUCACCUUCCUCUCCCUUCCUUUUUCCUUUCUUCCACCUCUGCAGCUCCAUGACCCAGCAGGGCCACGGAGUUAACAACUUUAUUUUUCUCUUUUUUAUUUUUAUAUUAGUCCUUACAUCAUUCAAGUAAAUAGCACUUAAUUGAGACAGGAAAUACAAUGUUAGAAAGACAAAUAUAAAGAGAGUCCCUGGGCUUUUUUUUUUUUUUUUUUUUCCGUUCUCUCUGGUACAAGCGGUUCUGAAAAAGUUCUUUGUUUUUAUUAUUGUAUUUUUGUUUGUUUUUUUGCUUUUUCCUCAAUAUUUUUAUCAGUUGCUGGAUGUAUUGAGAAUUUUUUUUUCUUAAUGUAAUUACAGAAAUUAACUUUUAUUACUGAUAAUGUCGACUAUUAGUUAUGGGAGCUAUUUUAUCUCUGUUUUUAGUGAAAUGUCAUGCGAAUCGUUUUACCUUUUUAUGGGCAAUUUAGAAAACUACAAGUGCCCUUUUUGUUGACUUAGGUUUUCAGAGGAAGUUGGCAAAAUUUGCGAUAUCCACGUGGGGCAAAAAAGUGCUUAACUUUUACACCAUAGUGAUUCUGUUGUCAUGUUUUUGUAGUUGUCCUUGGACUGUACUUUGUGCUAAAAUACUGUAACUGUGCACACAUGCUGAAUCGCUGAAGGUUGACUUGUCGCUACCUGGUGGUUAUAAUUUAAAAAAAAAAAAAAAAAAAAAAAACUUGGGAGAUUUCACACUUGUGUAAAAGACAAGUCUCAAUUUGGCCCUGCUUUUCGACAGAGAGCCCUGAAAUGGAAAGGAUUGUCGGUGCUUGCAUGAGUUAACACAUACUCUUUUCUGCUGCUUCUCCCCUACUUUUUACUAAAGUUCCUCUGGGUUCAGAGGUUUUCUUUCUUUGCUGUUUCCUUUGUUUCUCUUCUUGUUUUGCUUCAUUAUGUGUAACUUGGAGCUGAUUUGUACUACUGGAUAUCUGACUGGAGCCACAGACAGGGAAUCUGUAUUGUUCUUACUGAAACACAGCAUGGAAUUAACAUUAAACAAUCUAAAUUAAACAUUA